AUGGGAAUGGCGAUGAAAGGGAGCCCUCACGCCUUUCCCUCCACAAUCACACCAUCCUCCUCCUCUGCUCCCGCUGCUCCUGGUUUGCUCUGCUCCAUUGCCUUCCUUUCUCUUCCCCGAGGAGCUAGCUAGAAAGAGAGAAAGAAAGAAGCUCGCCGGCGUUGGAGAAGAGGGGGAGGAUGUCGGACUGGGGGCCGGUGGUGAUCGCGGUGGUGCUGUUCGUGCUGCUGUCGCCGGGGCUGCUGCUGCAGCUCCCCGGGAAGCACCACUUCGUGGAGUUCGGCAACAUGCACACCAGCGCCAUGGCCAUCCUCGUCCACGCCAUCAUCUACUUCGCCCUCAUCGCGCUCUUCGUCAUCGUCAUCGGCGUGCACAUCACCACUGACUAGAGACCGGCGGAGCUCGAUCACCCCGGCCGGCCAGCUCCAAUUAAGCUGCUCUUCCCCUUCUUCCUUUUUCCAAUUUUCAUCCGAUCCAUCUGACUCCUGCCUCUGUGUUUCGUUUUGUUCUGUUCUUGCUGCUUGCAACUACUUGUAGUAGUACAUGGGAUCAUGUUUGUUUGUUGCCAUGCGUAAUUAAUCUCGCGCGUAUGUAGCUUCUUGAUUAAUAAAGAGAUGUGUGUACUCAAUUUUCCAUGGAGUGGCACAAGUUAUUUAA